AUGGACCAGCCAGCUGAUGAAGCUGUCGAAGAUGGGUGCUUUGUAGCUCUGACUACCGACAGCCUCAAUGCCCAAGAUGUAAUCAACAAAGUUCGGAGCCCCGAGGCCGGUGCCAUCGUACUAUUUGCUGGGACCACGAGAGACAAUUUCGGGGGCAAGCCAGUGAAAGAACUCCAAUACUCGGCUUACGGAAAGCUGGCCCUACGGACAAUGAUGGCCAUAUCCAAGACGAUCCGUGAGAAACAUUCGCUCAAGGGAAUCGCCAUGGUUCACCGGCUGGGUGUUGUUCCUAUUGGGGAAGAAAGCAUAUUGAUUGCCGUCUCCGCACCUCACCGGCAGGCUGCUUGGCGAGCCGGUGAAGAAGCUCUUGAGGAGUGCAAAUCGCGUGUUGAGGUCUGGAAACGAGAGGAAUUUGAGGGUGAGGAAGGAGUAUGGCGGGCUAAUCGGGACGGUCUCAAGGGAGUGAAGGUGACGGACUCGGUCGCUGAGACCGCCGCGCCCAACGAGGAGCCUUGA